AUGGACUCGCUGAGUGCCACCCCUGCUGGGCCCUCUAGCAAGAACACGAAGCCCGACGACGCCGACAUAUCCGCAUCUGUUUCCGAGGGUCAGCUGUGGUUCCCUACUGCAGCCUUGCCUAUGCCGAGCAUCGGCUUUGCGCACAAGCCGUGCAUGGAACGGUGGGUCUCGGAACGUAGGGAGGAAGAGUGCAACAUCUGCCACUACAGCUACCCGAUCCUGCGGAGGACGGCGAGGACCUUCUGCGACCUGCUUCGUCACCCGGAGGGCCGCAAGGAGCCGCUUGUGUACGCACUGCUGGGCGUCCUGUUCAGCCUGAGCUUGCUGCACGUGUUCGCGUUCGCCUGGAUACUGAGUGUGCGCAUGUGGGUCCGCCUGCCCUGGAUGUACCAGUUGCUGAACGCCGCUGCCCUCCUGGGCCAGUCCCUGCUCUGGUCCGUCUUCCCCUUCGUAGCCUUCAGGAUGGCAUGGGAGAGCUCGCGCCGCUGGUGCCUGCUGAACGCCGAGAUGCGCAUCCUGCUGCCAGAGGACAACGAGAGCCGACCGCCACGCGGCGAACUUCCGCCCUGCCAGGCCCGGAAGACGCCGCUGGCUCCCAACUGAUGCAGAGCAUGCGAAGCUCGCAUCAAAAUUUAGUUGCGCCUCUGGCAGCAAAUAAAAGGCGGCUCUGCCCA